AGUUUUUCCAAGGUCAAACGUCCGAAUUACCAUAAAUUCAUUUUACUAUGGUUCUUCCAAGAUUAUUCAACAAUACUAGCAAGAAUUUAUUCAACACUGCUACCAGAGGCUUGAAAGUUAACUUAACCAGAAACUUGGCCUCUGCUGCUCCAGCUGUUGGUAAGGUUAGAGCUGUUAUUGGUGCCGUUGUUGACGUCCAUUUCGAUGAUGGUAACUUGCCAGCCAUUUUCAAUGCCUUAACUUUGAAAAACGGUGAACAAAAGUUGGUUUUGGAAGUUGCCCAACACUUGGGUGAGAACACCGUUAGAACCAUUGCCAUGGAUGGUACCGAAGGUUUGGUUAGAGGUACCACUGUCACCGACACUGGUUCUCCAAUCUCCGUCCCAGUUGGUAGAGGUACUUUGGGUAGAAUCAUCAAUGUUGUCGGUGAACCAAUUGAUGAAAGAGGUCCAAUUGAAGCUACGCAAAGAAACCCAAUUCAUGCUGAUCCUCCAUCGUUCGUUGAACAAUCCACUGCUGCCGAAGUUUUGGAAACCGGUAUCAAGGUUGUCGACUUGUUGGCCCCUUACGCCAGAGGUGGUAAGAUUGGUUUGUUUGGUGGUGCCGGUGUCGGUAAAACCGUGUUUAUUCAAGAAUUGAUUUCUAACAUUGCCAAAGCUCAUGGUGGUUUCUCUGUUUUCACUGGUGUCGGUGAAAGAACCAGAGAAGGUAACGAUUUGUACCGUGAAAUGAUUGAAACUGGUGUCAUCAACUUGGAUGGUGAUUCCAAGGUGGCAUUGGUGUUUGGUCAAAUGAACGAACCACCAGGAGCCAGAGCCAGAGUUGCUUUGACCGGUUUGACCAUUGCUGAAUACUUCAGAGAUGAAGAAGGUCAAGAUGUCUUGUUGUUCGUCGACAACAUUUUCAGAUUCACUCAAGCUGGUUCUGAAGUGUCUGCCUUGUUGGGUCGUAUUCCAUCUGCCGUCGGUUACCAACCUACUUUGGCCACUGAUAUGGGAUUGUUGCAAGAAAGAAUUACCACCACCAAGAAGGGUUCCGUUACUUCUGUCCAAGCUGUUUACGUCCCAGCUGAUGAUUUGACUGAUCCUGCUCCAGCUACCACUUUUGCUCACUUGGAUGCUACCACUGUGUUGUCUAGAGGUAUCUCUGAAUUGGGUAUUUACCCAGCUGUCGAUCCUUUGGAUUCCAAGUCUAGAUUGUUGGAUGUUGCCGUUGUUGGUCAAGAACAUUAUGAUGUUGCUUCUAAUGUUCAACAAACCUUGCAAGCUUACAAGUCUUUGCAAGAUAUCAUUGCCAUUUUGGGUAUGGAUGAAUUGUCUGAAGCUGAUAAGUUGACCGUCGAAAGAGCCAGAAAGAUUCAAAGAUUCUUGUCUCAACCUUUCGCUGUGGCCGAAGUCUUUACCGGUAUUCCAGGUAGAUUAGUCAGAUUGCAAGAGACCAUUAAAUCCUUCAAGGAAGUCUUGGAAGGUAAAUAUGAUCACUUGCCAGAAAAUGCUUUCUACAUGGUUGGUGGUAUUGAAGAUGUCAUUGCCAAGGCCGAAAAAUUGGCCGCUGAAGCUAACUAGAUCUAGAGUGUUACUCUCUCCCAUAUAGCCUAUCAAUAAAAAAGUACAGUUCAUAUAUUUUUAA